AUUAUUUAUUUUCAGUGAUACUGAUGUAAAUCAUUGUUCCGAGUACAGCAGGUUGGCUCUGAGUCACGCAUGUUCCAGGAAAAGGGAGCUAAGGAGCAGAGCUAAACAAUAACUCGAGUCAGGAGACAGCGGUGUUAAAUCCUUAGUGAGUGAGGGGCGUGGACGUUUGUUCUGAGCGAACACCUCGCUGGUUUGUUCAGCUUAUCUUUUGACUGAGAUAAUGGUUUCCUGUGGUCAGAAUUAUGGGUCACAGAUGCAAAGUUUACUGCUUUGUAUCCUCUUUUUUUCUAACUGGUGUUAAUGUGUAGAGGUGAUAGAUCGCAUGAUGCAUCAAUCAGUUCUUCAAGUAAAGUUUCCUUCAGAUGCAAACUAGUAGAUCAAACAGCAACUUAGUCUCUUUUUAGUAGUAUAUACUACUUAUCUGUUUUGCCAGAUGUGUUUUUCGAGGAACUUCUUUCUAGAUUCCUUGCAACUUCAAAAUCAGGAAGUGUUGACAUCAAACAAUCUCAAUGGCGGUUUGUAAAUGCUGUACUUUUUGUACAAUUUUGAGGUAUUUGUGCUCAACUCACGUAUAUCAACUUUAUGCCACUUUAUAUUUCUACUCCACUACAUUUACUUUACAAAUUAAUAUUUAACAUAGCCUACAAAGCAUAUCAUCAGUGAUACAUUGUUUUAAUUCUAACUACCCAACUUUAUAAAUAGUUAAAAAUAGCUCCGUCUUGAUCAGAUGCCAUAUUAAAAUGAUCCUUGUAUGCUCCAGUAACAAUAAACCUAUAUUAUGAUAUAUAAUAACUUAUUAUAAUAACCAUUCGGAUGCACAAUGACUACUUUUACUUUUGAUACUUUAAGUAAAUUUUACUGAUAAUAAUUCUUUACUUUUAUUUCAGUAACAUUUUGAAUGCAGGGCUUAUAGUAGGUGAUUCUAAAAUGAUGGUAUUGCUAUUAUACCUAAUUAAAGGGUCUGAAUACUUCUUCCAUCACUGGACAAUCUUUCUCUAACCUUAACCAAAUACUUUGAGAAGUCUAAAGAUAACCAAUAUAAAACAUUCAUGAUGCUGAACAAAACAUAUUUGCUAAUGUAAACUAGAUGUAUAUGCAGGGUUGCAUGAUUAAAAAGGCACAUAAUAAGCCUCCAUCAUUCAAUUUUCUUUAAAUUAGAAAUUCCAAUACAAUGCAUGCUGAACAUAUUGAACAUAUAGCAUGAAGAGCAUCAAAACCAUAAUGUAACCUCACCUCUCCUUCAUGGACUUAUAGAUGUCCAGCUCAGCAAUGUAUCAACAGGUGGUCCAGGUCCAGCCGGAGAGCAGGAUUCAGGAGUUCAAUGGUCAAUGGAGUACUGGCCUGUGUGAGUGCUAUAAAGACAUGGGAGAUUGCUGCUUUGCCCUGUGCUGCCUCCCAGUGUUUACCUGUAAGGUGACCAGUGCAGUGGGCGCCUGUCCCUGCCUGCCUCUGCUGGACUGUAUCGGCUGCGUAUCGCCGGCCUCUCUCGCCAUGAGGGCGUCUGUCAGGGAACGAUACGGCAUACCGGGGAGUGUGUGGAGCGACUGCCUGUACGGGUGCUGCUGCUAUCCGCUAUCUUGGCUCCAGAUCUCCAGAGAGCUGAAGAGAAGAGCAGCAUCCCACGCCUCCUCCUCCUCUUCUUCCUCCUCCUCCUCCUCAGCCAGAUACACUGCUCUGACCUCCCUGCAGGAGGCGCACUUGGUCUAGACACACGUGUGGCACUCCUGGUCCUCUGGCGGC